CACACACACACACACACACACACACACACGCAGGCAGCAGAGCUUGUAGAUCAUCGAAUCAACUUCUCACACGGAUCUACAGGGACAUCGAGCACCAGAAAAAUUGAGAUUACGUUUAUAUAAAAACACCAGGGGUACCAUGGUUCGAACAUUGAACAAUAUUGCGGAGCUGAGAGGUUCUAGGUUUGGUCGUCCCUGGCCGAGGCACGGACUCAAGCUCCUUUUCUGGUUCGCCAACGAUUACAUCGUCUUUGACAACGACAACCAGAUGUUUGCAAAUUACGACCCCGAAGAGGGAGACUUUGGUUUCCAUCACUUCCGCAACAGACUUGAGUGUGAAAACAAUGUCUGCAAGAGGCUGCUUCCUGAUGAUGGCUACCCAUUCUAUGAGGUGGGCAACCUCCACCUCACAGCAUCUGAUUCCAUGCCUAAUUAUGUCAGGAAGUACAACACUGGUAACAUAGAUACCAGCAACAUGGACCGCCUCAUCAUCAGUAUGCGUCCAGACAUGACAGUGGAUAAGGUCUAUGUGACCCAGCACGAGGACCUGAGGAACUUCGACCCGGUCAACACCUAUUGCAUCAGCAGGGGGUUGCUCAUGAUCAUAUGCGGCCAUUCAUCCGCAGGCAUGUCAUUGAGUAACUUCCUGGAACAGGCGGGCUGUUCCACCCACGAACCAAUUUCAAUUAUGUAUCAGGGCAUCGCCCCCAGGGAGUCUAGGGAUACCAGGAUUAAUAUAGAAGUUGAAUCCAGAGCUCCGCCCAGAGCUGCACCAGGCUUCUGGGAAAGCUACUGUACCAUACUGUAACCAGACGUCUGGGAAAGCUACUGUACCAUACUGUAACCAGGCUUCUGGGAAAGCUACUGUACCAUACUGUAACCAGACUUCUGGGAAAGCUACUGUACCAUACUGUAACCAGACUUCUGGGAAAGCUACUGUACCAUACUGUAACCAGGCUUCUGGGAAAGCUACUGUACCAUACUGUAACCAGGCGUCUGGGAAAGCUACUGUACCAUACUGUAACCAGGCUUCUGGGAAAGCUACUGUACCAUACUGUAACCAGGCUUCUGGGAAAGCUACUGUACCAUACUGUAACCAGGCUUCUGGGAAAGCUACUGUACCAUACUGUAACCAGGCUUCUGGGAAAGCUACUGUAUCAUACUGUAACCAGGCUUCUGGGAAAGCUACUGUACCAUACUGUAACCAGGCUUCUGGGAAAGCUACUGUACCAUACUGUAACCAGGCUUCUGGGAAAGCUACUGUACCAUACUGUAACCAGGCUUCUGGGAAAGCUACUGUUCCAUACUGUAGAUCAGUGUCCUUUAGUCCUGGUCCUGGGGACCCUGAAGGGGGGAACGUUUUAGUUUAUUGCCCCAGCACAUUGCUGUUCAUUAUGGUAUGUUAAUUUUCACUAAUACAUUUAGUCAUUUAUCAGACACUAUUAUCCAGAGUGACUUCAGUGCAUUAAACUAAAGGCAGAUAAACAACAACAUCCUGUAUCACAGUCAGAGGAAGUCAUCUGUUUCUGUUACCAUUACUGAGAGGGUUGUUGCUGUUGGGUUCUGCUACUGGCUAAUGUACUUCUGUAUGUUAAAAUACAAAAUACAUGCAUUUUAAUUAAAUACACUUCAAAAUACAA